AUGGAGAAUUUGCCUGAAUCGUUGUAUGUGGAUCCGAAAGGUGGUUCUAGCUCUAAUUCCGCCCCAAAGAACACCGCCAGACCACAACCACAACAGUUCUCGGCGUCUGAUCGUGCUGAAAUUCAGCAGUUGAUCAACUUGCUUAACCACCCUCAGACAAGAGCUGAGGCGAUUACGCAGCUCAACAGGGUGUACACGAGGCACAAGGGAAAAGGAGGUCGUGAGCUAGGGUUGCUACUAUGGAAUUCAAGAGACACAAUCUUUUCAUUGUUAGAGGAACUUUUGGGGGUGUACAAGUUGUUGUCGCCUCCUAAGCUUGGUAUGGGGGAAGCUACAAGAGUUUGUAAUGCACUUGCCUUGCUUCAGUGCGUUGCAACUCAUCCCGAUACAAGACUCGAACUUCUCAAAGCCCAUAUACCUGUAUACAUAUACCCUUUUCUCAACACCACUGAGAAACAACUUGUGCACUAUGAUUACUUGCGAGUUAACAGCUUAGGUGUCAUUGGGGCCCUUCUCAAGGAGCAAUGCCCAAAAACUGAUGAAAUCGUUCAUUAUCUUUUGCAAAGUGAAAUGGUUCCUUUGUGCCUCCGUUGCAUGGACGUGGGUAGCGACCUCACAAAAUCCGUUGCAGCAUUUGUGAUUGGUAAGAUUUUAGGUGAACCAGAAGGAAAGACCUACUGUGGGACAUUUGCAGAGAGAUUUUUUUCAGUGUCGAGGGCUUUGUCAAAAAUGGUGGAUGAGUUUUCUGGAAAGCCGUCACCCGCGUUGUUGAAGAAUACGCUAAUUUGCUACCUGCGACUCUCCGAAAUAUCGAGGUGCUGUAAUGUGUUGAAGAAACGCUACCCUGAGCGAUUGAGGAACCCCGUAUACCUCAACCAUGUCUGUGAUGGAAAUACUAGAGCUCUGGCUGAACAGGUGCUACAAAACAUCAUGGGAAGACAGCAAGUUGAACCUGUACCAGUGGAAGCCUUAGUUUCAGCCACGAGAUCCAUGCCCUAG